AUGCUUCAUUUGGUUCUUGGGGCGUCGCAGGCGCCGGCCGCGGUGGACACGUCGCCGCCCGUGGUGGUGGCGGCGGGGUGCGGCUGCUGCCUGGCGCUGUCCCUCCUCACCCUGGUGCUGCUGCUGCUGCGCUGUCGCCUGCGGCCGCGCGCGCUGUUCCUCAAGCUGCAGUGCUGCGCCGCCACCGUGGCCGCCAUGGCCGUGUUCCUGCACGCCGUGCACCGCCCGCCGUCGCCGUCCUGCUACGCCGCCCUCGCCACGACGCUGGAGGCGCUGCUCCUGAUAGGGCUGUCUUCGCACAUCAGCAAGCUGCUCCUCAUCCACACCGAGCUGAUGCGCAUCGGCAACCUCAACUACGCCGUGGUCGGCGUCACCACCGGCGCGCCGCUGCUGGCCGUGCUGUGCUCGCACCUGGCCUACAUGUCGGCGGAGUGGCCGGUGCGCCACUGGUGGCUGGAGACGGGGUCGCCCUUCUUCUUCAUGUUCGCGGCGUCGGCCGCGCUGCUCUGCGUGCUGUUCGUGCUGCUGUGCUGCACCGUGCUGCGCCGCCUGUCCUCGCUGCGCGCCAACAAGCUCGCCGACGCGGAGGCCGCGGGGCUGGCCAGCAGGUGA